GGAGAAAUCGGGGCUUUAGGGUAAGUGGGUUCAAGACCAGGUUCUCUAAUUCUCUCCUCACAUCUGCCUCAUCUACAUCGUUCCUCUACUCUAUCUCACCUUAGUUUUCCAAUGUGCCAACAUGGCGUCGUCGGCAAUGCCGAAGCCCGCAUUACACGUCCAGACGCCGUCCUUCUCGGGCUUGACACAGACACGGGACUUGGAUGCCGGCGGUCCCGACACAAACAUGAAAGGGCCCGAUCCCGACCAUCUGGCCCCCGAAAGCACGCCCCUGAGUCCUACUAGUAGGGAAUCGAGAGAGGUAGCCAACAGGCUCCACGAUGACUUGGAACUCCUUCGCGCCGAGCGUGUCGUGUCGCAGCAGGACCACCAAGCUGCACUAAAUCGAUCCAAAAGCAGGAGGAGCCAUGUUGAUGAGAGAGUACCCGAGGAUGCCUUCAACACCGCGACGACCCAACCCGUCCCCGUUGCUGUUGCACCCCCCAAGACAACAUGGCUUACCAGGCUCUGGGCCUUGGUCCGGCGAUUCCCUCGCGUGCUACGCUACGUCGUUUACGCGAUUCCGCCCGGUGUCAUCAUCCUAGUCCCCGUGUUCCUCGAUCUCUUUGCCUAUGACAGGAAAGGUUCCCCAGUCGGUGGCCCCCACGGAGUGCAGCUGCUGUGGUUUGGCAUCUGGCUGGAAGUGGUCUGGCUCACGCUAUGGGCCGCCCGCAUCGUCACGUCCAUCAUGCCCGCACUCGUUGGAUUUGCCGCCGACACGGCCGGGUCGAGCAACCACAAGAAGUGGAAGGACAUUGGCCGGCAACUUGAGCUUCCCACGGCCUUGUUCCUCUGGCAGUUGGCGGUACUGGUGUCGUACCGGCCCAUCCUCGACAGCCAUAGGGUUCUGACUAACCCCAGUAGCGACGAUCCAACGCCGUACAUCUUGUGGAUCGACGUUGUCUACAAGGUCAUCAUCGCCUUGUUCGUUCUCGCAACACUGAAUCUCGUCGAGAAGAUCCUGAUCAAGUGGAUCGCCACUUCGUUCCACCUGCGCACCUAUUCCCACCGCAUCCGGGAGAACCAGAUGCAGAUCGACUGCUUGGUCGCUUUGUACACAUAUGCCAAGACGAGCCUCGAGGCCAUGGAUGCCAGCGUCUGGGAGUCUUCAGGAGGCGAUGGGCGCGCUUCGUUCGGGAGCCCGUCUCCAAUGGCGGCGGCGAUUCGGACAAACGCACGCCACGUUUGGAGCAAGGUUGGCAGCGCGGCAACGCGCAUGGCGGGCGAUUUUACGGGGAAGAAGGUCCUCAGAAACAACCACCCGAGGAGGGUCGUGACAGAACUGCUGCGCACCACCGAGUCCAGCUACACGCUCGCUCGACUCUUUUACCGCACCUUUCUCAAGCCAGGAAACUCAACCAUCACGGUCGACGACAUACAGCCGGCUUUUCCAUCACCAGAGGACGCCGAGGCAUGUUUUGGCGUCUUUGACAAGGACCUCAACGGCGACGUGUCCAUGGAAGAGCUCGAGAUGGUGUGCAACGAGAUCCAUCUCGAGAAGAAGGCCAUCGCAGCUUCGCUCAAAGACCUCGACUCGGUCAUCAAGAAACUCGACCAGGUCUUCAUGUUCAUCAUUGUGGUGAUUGUGAUUAUUGUCUUUAUCAGCAUCAUAUCCAACUCGGCGGCCGCAGCCCUGACGUCGGCGGGCACCUUCAUUCUGGGUCUGUCGUGGCUGCUCCAAGCCACAGCUCAGGAGUUCCUCCAGUCCAUCAUUUUUGUCUUUGUCAAGCACCCGUUCGAUGUCGGCGACCGUGUUACCGUCUACGGCAACACGGGCUCCAUGAUGAGGGGCGACGACUACUACGUCCUCGAGGUCUCGCUGUUGUACACUGAGUUCAAGAAGAUGGAGGGCCACGUGGUGCAAGCCCCAAACUCGCUGCUCAACACGCUCUUCAUCCUCAACCAACGACGCAGCCAGGGGCUGGCCGACCCCAUCAACCUGAAGCUGCGCUUCGGCACGACCGAGGCCCAAAUCGAAGAGCUGAAAGCCCGGAUGCUCGAGUUUUGCCUGCAGAACAAGCGGGACUACGCGCCGCGCAUCAUCUCCGAGGUGCAGACCAUUGACGAGGUCAGCAGCAUCACCAUGAACAUCAUCUUCUUCCACAAGAGCAACUACCAGAACGAGCUGCUCCGCCUGACUCGACACAACAAGUUUGCCGUCGAGCUGAUGCGCCAGAUGCACGACAUGGGCCUCGAGACGCCGCGUCUGGUUCAGCCCGGCGGCAUGCAGCACAUGCCCCUCUACUGGACCCAGGUACCACCUCCUCCCGCCUACUACCAGGGUACGAUGCCGUCGGAGCCUCCCUUACAGGCCCCUUCCAGCCCGGCGAUGGCGAUGCGGAAGAGAGGCAACAGCAGAGCUGCUGUGGUUGAAGCGGGCAUGGACUUCCAGGACGUUUACCACAACAGGAGGCCGGAAACCAGUCACGGUAUGGCCCGGCUCCCCUCGAUCCGCCAGGCGCUGAGGGAGGAAGACGAGAUGAUCCACAGCCCGAUGGACGAGCUUUCGGAGAAGAGGCACAGCAUGGAGAGCGAGUCGACGAGGCGGAAACUAUGGCGGCCCAGGAGCCGGUCGACGAACCACGGUUCUGCGAGCCACGCUGUGUGAUGAUUAGGGGCAACGUAUUACUACUGAGAUUAAGGUACUAGUAGAAGUAUUAUUCUAGACGACCGAUAGAGCAAUCCAUUCCAAUGCCACCAACCAACC